AUGUUAGAAAGUCUGCGGAAUGGCGAGCUCCUAUUGGCUGCCGCCCGCCUGUAUAAAGAGCCGCAGUGGCAAAUUCAAUCAGAUCAACUGCGAGCAUCCUCAGAGAACCGGACGUCGUGAGGCUCGGUCACACUGGGACGAUUUCUGGGCUGUUUUGCUGCUUGUUUUUAACAUUUUCUGAAACAAAAAACUAAAACACUGAAUCAUCGUGAACACCAUGAAGGAAAGGAGAAACACACAGCCGCUGGUGGUGAGGUGUAAACUCGUUCUUGUGGGAGACGUUCAAUGCGGAAAAACGGCGAUGUUGCAAGUCCUGGCGAAGGAUUGUUACCCAGAGACAUACGUGCCCACCGUGUUUGAAAACUACACAGCCUGUCUGGAGCUGGAGGAGCAACGAGUGGAGCUCAGUCUGUGGGACACUUCAGGUUCUCCGUACUAUGAUAAUGUGAGGCCCCUGUGCUACAGUGACUCAGAUGCAGUUUUGCUGUGUUUUGACAUCAGCCGUCCCGACACUGUGGACAGCAGUCUGAAGAAGUGGAAAACUGAGAUCCUGGAUUUCUGUCCAAGCACACGUAUCCUGCUCAUUGGCUGUAAGACUGACCUGCGCACAGACGUCUGCACACUGAUGGAGCUGUCCAAUCAGAAGCAGACCCCCAUCACCUAUGAGCAGGGUUCUGCUAUGGCCAAGCAGCUGGGCGCAGAGGCUUACCUGGAGUGCUCAGCAUUCACCUCGGAGAAAAGCAUCCACAGUGUGUUCCGCACCGCAGCAAUGGCCUGCAUCAACAAGCUGCAGCCUCUCCCGAAGACCAGCCCCACCCGCCGCCUCUCCAAAAGACUUCUCCACCUGCCUAGCAAGUCAGAUUUGCUCUCCUCCACCUUCAAGAAGGAGAAGGCCAAGAGCUGCUCGGUCAUGUGAGUGUGGAGACCUCUUGGCUUACAGUCAUAACAUGCGACCCCAAGCCCCUGCCUCUUUGGUCUCGGGGAAGGGGGGGUGGGCACGAUGGUUUUAUCAGGGCUUCCUGCUGAAUCCUUCCCUCACCCCCCCGGAAACCAAACACCCCUCAGAAGAGGUGGACACCUCGCUGUCCACUUACUCCUGAACCUUUUAGCGCACAUCCGUCUAUUUCCACUACUGUUUAUCUUGCUUUCAAACAAACAAUAUCAGUCGAGGUUUGAUCAUUGAGCUCUCAUUUUUCACCUGUGAACAGUAUGCAACUACAAUGGUGUUAAAUCUGUCUGAUUUUACUAUCUCUAGGCACAUGUUGAUUUUGUCCAAAUUGGAAAUGUGCAACGUGUGACGUUUAAUCUUGUGAUGUAAAUGCCUCUCAGACAAUUCAAUGGAUAUUUUUCUAACUACAAAAAUAUAUCUAGCAUGAAACUGUCAGGAAUUAGCAAAAUCCUGUACAUCCCUCUUAGUAAGGUGUGUGAGGUGUGAAAUAGCUUGUCGCUGGUGUCCCCAUUUAGGCUGUGAAACCACAGAGAUGUAGUAGUGGGACAAACCACAGUGAGAGCUAUUACAAGCUGUUCUCAUUGUCUCAGUGGUGAUGAGAGCAGGGAUAAGAGCUGUGAGUGCACACUGUUGUGCAGACAGCAGUCUAGACUAUUUCAACCCGCAUGGAUUGUUGAUGCAUGGUUGUGUAGCUCUGGACAGCACUGCUCCACACGCUUUCAGUGGACUAAGUGGAAGAGGCUGAUGAGGUUCUGUGUGUACAAACCGAAAUGAGGACACGCAAAAUGGAGGGACGUUUAGUUGGGCUUCCGGUCUCUCUGCUGUCACAGGUGGAGUCUAUUUUAAAACACUAUUUUGGUAAUGGGACAUUUUAAUAGAUAAGAAAAGAUGCUUUUGAUGUGACCAGGAGAUUAAACACAAACAGUUAAAUGCCAAGCAUUAUUUAUGAUGCUGUGGUGGGUUAGUGAUGCCAGUCAAGAUGUUGUGAGGCAUAUUUAAAAGCAUGAGGUAACGCCUACCAAAGUCAGGCUAACUGCUAAUGGGAAAACCAAGUUUGUAGUUUUCAAAUAUUCUUUGGAAAAGAUUUGUAGCAUUGUAUUGUUGAGAGUUUUUCAACAAUUCUCAAACGGUAUGCAGUUUUGAAAAAAUGCCUUUCAUAUCAUGCUCCCAGAAGUCAUUGAGAGUUUUUGACUACUGUAAUCUGCCUGUGGAUAUCUCUGAUUUUCAACAAUCCAAUGUAGCACUCCCAACCUGACUCGACUCUUCCAAGAUGACUCAAGUUUUUGUGUCGUACACCCUUGUUAAUUGACCUCCAAUAAGCAGCACUUACUGUGGGUUACAGUGACUACAGAGCAAAAAUUGGACCCAUUUCUGAGCUUAAAUCUUUGGCUUCAUGGUUAUGUGUGUGUGCAGCAUUGAUCUCUGUGCUUCUAACCAUAAAGCAAUAAUGAUUUAAUAGCUUGUGAUGCAAGGUAACCUGUGUGGCAAUAAAGAUGCAGCUUUGUGAUUACUGUCAUGCUAUAGCGCUCCAUGGACAUCCAUGUAAUAGACUGAAACCACCUAUGCUGUACAAAGAGGCUGCUGAUCUGUGCUUGCCCCUCCUCUUCUGUGUAAGUAGCCGGUAUAUAAAAUAACCAAUGAUGAUGUCGUGCUAUGAAAUGGAUCAGAGCAUGUGAAUAAGAGGGAACAAUGCUCUUUGAGAUGGAAAUGCUAGACUUUGCUGUCAAUUUUACAUAAUCACAUUUUUAGAAAAGGAGUCAGUAGGAUCUACGUAAACUGCUUGAGUGAGUUGAAGUGCAGCAUAUGCUUGUAAAAUUGGAAAAAGCUACUUGGAAACCCUCAAAAGUCUUACAAUCAUGUUGUAAAAAGGGCUAGUGUGUGGAAAAAGGAAAUAAUGCAGGACUAAGGAGAACAAGUAAUCAAGAUGCACAGGCUGGCCCUGUCCAAAGAAAGCUAUUUUUUCAUAAUUUGUUUUUAUGGUUGAUGUGUAUUUUGGUUUUCUUUCCUUUCAUUUUUUUUACAUUUUUUUUAAAUGUUAUUUAAAAGCAUGAUGUGAGUCCUGGUGUUGUGUCAGAAAUAUCUCCCUGAGAUGGUUGUAGCGGCUGUAUGAAGCUGUGGACUGCCCUGGGUAGUCGGAGGAACUUAAAGUGGUGAUUUGCACAAAGGCUUCCAGUUCAUGGUCACACACCAAAUUCCUCAGCAUUGCCUAGCAACAAUUCAGCGUAGGAAACAGAGACUGGCUCUUGGGUUGGUUGUGUGGACAGAGAAGGUUGGCUCACAAGCAGACAUCCCCACAUUCAUUAUUACAGCAUCAGUUAUGUAUUUAUUGCCAGGCUUGUUUGAAAAGAAACACUUCUUUAUAUUUUUCUUUGGGUUAGGGAGCUAAUGCCAGGCCUGCCGAACAUGAGCUAGAUGGUCAGUUAAUAUGCAGCCUUUGUGUUGUAGUCAGUGUGUGGUACAGUGGUGCAGUCAAACUCCUAAAGCAUGUCCUAUUGAAGUUGUAUGAUUGUACAUACUGUCUCUUGUUUUAUAAUCAUUGUAAGACAUCAUCAGGGAUGUCACAUGAAAAUAUUGUUGUUGAUGUGAAUAUUUAUUUGGUAGCCAUUUUUGCCUUUUUUGAUUGACAUGUAAAUUUUUUUGUUUAAAAUCUAUUUUGGAAAUUGAAUUUUAUUUCCUUUUUUUUUUUUUUUGAUUUGUUUUUUUUUUGGUUUGUCUGUUUGUUUCU